GUGAUACCUGUGAUGAUAAUUGCACGGAAGUUAAUAUUUUCUUUGACACACCACAGCGAUGAUGACAGUCCCUACAAUAGCAACAUACCAACAGACCCUAUCUUUAUAUGGAACGAAACUUUGGUAAUCAAUUCGGCCCCCCGGAACAACGUUCCCACAUUCCGCACCAACCUCAUCGUCUGUCCCAAGUACGACGAAGACUACUUUGGCUCCAGUCGCGGAAGUAUGGUUUAUUACCCUUUCGACCGUUACAUGUCAAAUAUAUUUGCCUUUGCUCAAGAUGCAGUAACAAACGAGUCGGUAUCUCUGUCUCUUAGUUCUGCAUCUGGACUUGUCGCUGGCCUCAAAAUUACAACUGACGUUAAGGAGGAGGAUCAUGCUUACUGGGAGGACAUAGAGGCUACGGACCUCGGGAACGAAUCUGUCAAUGUAUAUGUGACCCUCCAACGCAGCAACCUUGUUAUCGCAUACUGUCUCGUCAUCACCUUCACGUUUUGGCUGGUCACUCUCAUGAUCUGUCUCAUCAUGAUUACGACCGUAGUCUUCGGCUUUCGACAACGGAACGAGAUCGUUGUAAUCCCCAUUGGGACUGUGUUUGCAUUUACCCAGCUACGGUCUUCCAUGCCCGGCGCUCCUGAAGGUUUUGGUGAUAUCCUCGAUUUUGCUGGGUUACUACCAUGCCUCGUCCUUCUAUCAAUAUGUGCCGCAACAAUGGUUGGCAUUUACUUAUUCGCCGACCCGCAUGAUUCUUCUCGUCGAACCUUCACAUGGGGGGAAAUAGGUGCACUUUUAUCAAUGCUCCUACGAAAUAACAUUUAAUGAGUACAAAGUGAGCACGCUAAGUUAUUAUACUCCGCACAGCCAGAACAUGAAUUGAUGAUGUACUUGAUUUCCCAUGCUGAUGGCAACACGGAGUCAUAGAAGAUGUCGAGGUGGAUCUUGCACCUAAAUAAGACCACAAAGUCUUGAGAAUAAUUAGAAAUACAAAUGUAAAGAGUAGUUCUGUAUGGAAAAGAUUGGGAACCAGUCGUUGAGAUACUUGAAGUGUUAGAAUAUCAAGUUGUUGGGAUUUGGCAAUCCGGCAUCAUGCCGAAGUUGCUUAUUAAGGUAGAAGUCUUAGGAAAAGCGUGGAAG